GAGCCGUUGAGCUCCGUAAAGCCGCAUUUGACAGGAAGCGCUCAAGUAAGACUGUCGAGAAGCUCCUUUGAUUAAAAUGAGUCCCUCGGUCAUCCUUCUGACCCUUGCCAUCACAAUAUUGCUCUCUGAACACUGGGGAACUGCAACCGUAGUUGAAGACUUCAACCAUGUUGAAAGAUGCAAGGACACGCUGUAUAUGGGCACCCCACCACGAGGCUUCAGAAAUAGCAGACUCAAGAAGAUCUGCCAGCACUAUGCUGGCAAACCCAGAUAUGUAACCCUGUUCGACUCCAAAAACCGUAUCCCAGUUUACUCUGCAUACACCUUCAAGAAAACAGAGGGCGAUCGGCGUGUGGACUAUCCCUGGAUGUAUGAACCUCAGCUUGCAGAGCUUGAUGGGAAUGGGAACAUGAUGCCGUUCCCCACCGGAUACUUACACAUGAAGUUUGAGGACAGCCAGGCGGUUUUGAAUGACUACUCUGAUGUGGUUCUGUAUGAGAGAGGCCAUCUGAAUCCAGACCAGCACCAGUCAGACCCACAGGACCGAGCAGCCACCUACACGCUUACCAACGUUGUGCCAGAAAUUCGUGAGUUUAACAUCGGACCAUGGCGCGAACACGAAGAACGCAUCCGUGUGCGCCUCAACAACUUCUGUCGGGGUACAGCCUAUAUUAUAACUGGGGUUACCACUACUGGAAACAUGAUCCGGCGCAACAACCAGGACCGUGUUGGCAUCCCUGAAGACGUGUGGUCUGCCUACUGCUGCGCCGAAUAUGACCGGAACGCACCACACAACAUACGCAUCCAUUUUCCGACCCAAGCAGCCCUUGCCAAGAACACAAAGGAGGGGAACAGAGUCCAAGAGCUCACUGUGCAGGAUCUGGAGAACUACCUGACUAACAAAAUGGCCAUAGACAAGAAUUUCCAGCUGUUCUAUGAUAACUGCAACUCACCUUCACCUCUUCCUCCCUACCUUCAUUAUGCCAAAUUAUCUGACUUACCUUCAGAUUAUAGCUUUGUGAUCGUGUAA